AUGUCUGGACGUGGCAAGGGAGGUAAAGUUAAAGGAAAGAGCAAGACCCGCUCAUCUCGUGCCGGACUUCAGUUCCCAGUCGGCCGUAUCCAUCGUCUUCUUCGCAAGGGUAACUAUGCCCAGCGUGUUGGUGCUGGUGCGCCCGUCUACCUGGCUGCAGUCAUGGAAUAUUUGGCCGCUGAGGUUCUCGAGUUGGCAGGAAAUGCCGCCAGAGACAACAAGAAAUCCAGAAUCAUCCCCCGUCACUUGCAGUUGGCCAUCCGUAAUGACGAAGAAUUGAAUAAACUGUUGUCCGGAGUGACCAUUGCCCAGGGCGGUGUCUUGCCCAACAUCCAGGCUGUUCUUCUCCCAAAAAAGACCCAGAAGCCAGCCAAGUAUGUGUCAUUGAUGCCCUCCUCAAACUUUGUUCCUCCUUAUUAUUUUCUUUUUCUCUCUCUCUCUCUCCCAUUAUUCUUAAUCCUCUUAUUUAUUUUCUCAUCUUCCUUUUCGCCACUUGCUCCUUUCCUCAUCUUUCUUCCAGCUUUUCUCUUUUCUCUUUCCUUUUGUCUUCUUUCCUCUUUAUUUCCUCUUCUUUCUGGUCAGUUUAUUGUCGAGACCCCCACAAAAAAAGCAAGGACAAAAAUUGUCAGGUCCUCGCUGAGUCCAAUGUCAGAAGAAGAAGAGAAGUCCUCUCUACAAAACCAGAAAUCAUUUAUUGACAUUCUAAAAGAAAACUUUUUAUUGCAACUGGUCAAGAAAAUGUGGACAAAGGGGUGCGGAUUAAUGGAAGCAUUAGAUACAAUCAAAGUCUUAUUUCAGAAUUCAACUGGUGUUGUUCCAGAAUCAAACAACAUUUUAACAGAGCCAAUUGGUCAAAUCGACUGCAAACUGAAAAAAAGUCUUACAAUCAGUCUCUGGAAAUCAAAGAAUAUGGCGUUUUACUGA